UUGGCCGAGUAUCGCGGACCUCGGGAGACUUUAUGAGUACCUUGUGCCUUGAAUCCGGAUAUUAGGGACAAAUUUUGCUUUGUUGGGAUUCAAUUUUGUGGAUUGGUGGAAGGGCGAAGUGAUGUUGGAUUUUCUUUUAAGUGCAGUUAGUUGGUGAAUAUUUAUAUAGUGCAGUAAGAAGAAGCCGCCUUACAUUGAAAUAAAAAAUCACACUCACCUAACCUAGACAGGAUUUUCCGUUUAAAUCAGUACGAAUUAGAUUAAAAUAAAAAAUAAAACUGUAGAGAAUUCUAGGAGGGGUUAUGAAAUAUUGUGACGUGUUUUUCCCAUUCGUGGACUUUCCGUGAAGUUGAUAGUGGCGGCGAGAUCCGGAGUGUUAUUCAUGUCACUCCGUCAUUUAGUGCGUCGACAUGGGAGAACUUAUUAAACCGAUUCCUGUUAAAUUUAUUGAGAAAGUGCAGCAGAAAACAUUGACCAACGGUUGGGGAGACACCAUGGACAAGAUACAAUACUGGAAGCCUGAAGGUCAGCAAGGUCAGCAGGCCGAGCAGGAGUUGGCGACGAAAAUGUUGCAAAUUCAAAGCAAAAGGUUCUACCUUGACGUGAAACAAAACAAGCGUGGGAGGUUUAUCAAAGUAGCCGAGAUCGGAGCAGACGGUAGGAGAAGCCAAAUCUUCCUAGCACUUAGUACAGCUUCCGAGUUUCGGGAUCACUUAUCAACAUUUAGUGACUAUUACGCAUCUCUAGGUCCACCAAAUCCGGAUAAUGUACCGGAUGAUGGAAAACUCAAGUCGGAAAUGAUGGUUAAGGACAACAGACGGUAUUACCUAGACCUUAAAGAGAAUUCUCGCGGCCGUUUCCUGCGGGUGAGUUCCGCUGUAUCGCAGACGAUAACGCGAGGUGGGCCCAGAACUCAGAUUGCAAUACCAGCCCAAGGAAUGAUAGAGUUUCGCGAUGCCUUGACGGAUCUUCUCGAGGAAUUCGGAACAGACGAUGGCGGUUUCAAGGGAGAUUUACCUGAGGGACGUUACAUGCGCGUCGACAAUAAAAAUUUCUAUUUCGAUAUCGGACAGAAUAACCGAGGCAUUUAUAUGAGAAUAUCUGAGGUGAAGACAAACUUCAGGACUGCCAUAACGGUACCCGAGAAGUCGUGGGCACGAUUCCGCGACAUUUUCGCCGACUACUGUGACAAGAUGAAAGAAAGUGGCGUCGGUGUUGGCGCCGGCGGUGCAAGCAGCGUUCUUUCCGAUGGAAAAGGUUCGGUGGUGGCUCAGGUACCAUCACCCUCAUCCACUUCACAACAGCCCAAUCCCAAUCCGAAUCUAGAUUCCCCUCUAAUCAAGUGAAAACGGCUUUAACUUGACUCGAACAUUGGAAUUUUAACCGUAACUCGUUUUCGAAUCGUUAAGCGAACCAAAACAAUUUGUCCGAGUCCGCAUAUCGUCGUCGUCGUCGUCGUCGUCGUCGUCGUCGUCGUCGUCACUUUCAUACUCGUCGUUUUCGUCUUUCUCGUCAAUCUCUCAUCAUCUUCUGACGCUCGAGAUCGACAAAACAUUGGAAUCAUUUCCAAUCAAUCGUCCCAAAAUCAUCAAUCGCGAUGUGAGAAUCCGGACCAGCUAUAUCGACGAAUAAUUAAUAUUAUUAUUAUUAUUAUUAUUAUUAUUAUUACUAUAAUUAUCAUCAAGCAACGCAAAGAAGCGAGUUCGAAGAUUAGGUAUUUCAAAGGUGAAUCUUGGUGACAUGUAUAACGCAAUUUCCUAGUUUGGAUGGGAGUUGCCGUCGAUUAACGUUGUAUAUACUACCGUUCAUUUCCUCGUCUCCUCCAACCCUCCCCUCUUUCCCCUCCCCCCCCCCCAAAAUUGUGAUUAUUCUAUCAAUUGCACGUUAUUUAGCUAGCAGUUCUCACAAAAUGCAGUUCUUUCUCACUCUCUCUCUUUCUAUCUCUCUAUUCCUCCUAUAUCUUUCUAUCUCGUCAGCCUCAUGUCCAACGAGAAAAGGAUUCCUCGCGGGAAAUGGACUGUAGUCGAGGUUACGUUUACAAUUGAAUUUGAUCGUUCAGAAUUUAUGGAUAAAUAGUUGUUAUAUUAACGAUUACGCGGAGAAUAGGAGAAGAACGUCGACCGUUCCAGGUGUCGCUUUUUUCCGCCUUUAGUUGGAUCUUUAGGGGUUUUUUUUUUUCCUUCUUUAUUUGUCAUGUGGUGUCUUUGCUGCCGUUACUGCUGCUAGCCUUAAAUUAGGUUGAGAUUUCUUGAUUUUCAUUCGCGCGUUACGAGUUUUAAAUUGUCAAACUACUCAGACAUCCUCGUUUUUUGCAAGACUUCACAUAGUUUUGUGCAAAUUCACAGCCGCGUCGUUUUGCAAAACCGAUCGUCUCUAUGGAAAUAAUAACGAUGAGAUAAUAUAUAGAAAAAAGAUAGGAGAUUAUGACCAAACACGAUUUAUUAUUGUGUAUAAUAAUAAUAAUAUUAUUAUAAUAAUUAUUAUUAUUAAUAUUAAUAUAAUAAUAUAAUUACACGAGAAUUUGGGCAAACACGGGCGGGCGGAUUAAAAAGAAUAAUUGCAAAUGUACGUUUACGGUGUGUAGGCGAAACUAAAGUGCGUUACGUUUUGGGCUCGACGGCUGACUUUUAAAACAAUAUGUAUUGUACGAAUACAUAUUAGGUAUUUAUAUAGAAUCUAUUUAAGUGUAUUAUUGUAACGAAAUGCCAAUGUUCGCGGACCCAGACGACUGCAAAAUCCGGCUUAUUUUCAUUGAAUGAUACACUACUCGAUACUUGAUUUUAUAAGUACCUCUCUCGAAGCCAGCGCACUCUAGCAUUGGUCGUCUAAACUAACAAUUCUGACGUUUGGACGGUCAGGGAAUUUUCAUAUGUCUGAAAAAACCUGAAAAUAUCAGCAAAUUAUUUGUUUGUUGGAAAGCGUGCUUCACUUUUUUUAUUGCAAUCUAAAUUUGAGUAACAACAAUGACUCUUUAUUUGUAAAAGUAGCUUUUU